AUGAGGAAUGCGGCAGUUGACGCGCAAAUGAACGGCGGCGGCGCCUCUUCGUCGCCCAUGAUCCCGCCGCCGUUCUGGUCGACGCCGACGCCGUACCUCUUCAUCGGCUUCGCGGUGGUGAUGAGCCUCAUCGCGGUGGCGCUGGCCGUGCUCCUCUGCUCCCGCCGCAGGGAGGGAGACCGCGAGGACGAGGAGGCGGUCCCGGCCGGGAUGAUGUCCGUGCGCGUGCUGACGCCUCUGGACAGGGAGGUGCCCAAGGUGGUGGUGGUGAUGGCUGGCGACGACAUGCCGUCCUUCCUCGCCAGCGCCACGCCGCUCGCCUUCGCUGAGGCGGCUAAGGUGCAGCGCCCGUACUGCCAGUGCGGCGCCAAGGACGUCGCCGCCCCCGUAUAG